UAGUUAUGACGUAACGGCGGAUCGUGAGGUGGCUUGCCGCGGUCGGCCGUCCAGCUGCAGGGGUAGUUGCUCUUGACCAAGAGAAUGCAGCCACAGUCCCAGCCUCUUCAGAUGGGAUUCCACCGGGUCAUCACGCACACUGACUGGUCUGAGCCGUGGUUACUGGGACUUUUAGGCUUCCACAUACUUUGCCUGUUGCUCACAUACCUUACUUUCCAACGAUAUCGACUUCAGAUUGGGCAUUUCCUGGGUUUGGUGAUUUUAGUCUAUUGUGCUGAAUAUAUCAAUGAACUGGCUGCUAUGAAUUGGAGGUUAUUUUCUAAAUACCAAUAUUUUGAUUCAAGAGGGAUGUUUAUUUCCAUGGUUUUUUCAACACCGUUGCUGUUAAAUGCUAUGAUCAUUGUGAUUACAUGGGUGCGUAAAACAGUUACUGUCAUGACUGAGUUGAAGAUCCUGCAACAAAAAAGAAAAGCAGAAAGAGAGAAGAGGAGGAAGGCAGAAUGUAGAUGAACUUUUACAUUGGAUUCUCUAACAUAUUCUAACAAUUAUUCUUGCUUCAAUAUUUGUGUAUCAUGCAGUAGGAUGUAUUGCAGUGGUAACUUUAGUAGGCUCAUGGUUUGAAGCACCCAUAUGUUCUUUUAUUUCAGUCUUCACUGUGAUACUAGAAAACACUCAAUUCACUUAUUUAAUGUUUUAAUUUAAUAUUAAAUGAGGCUAUGUUUCCUCUAGCUCUAAAAUUGCAUUAUAUUGAUAUGUCAUUAUUGUUACAGUCUAAAGAUAGCCUAAAUGGCAAAACUAGCUCUGUAAUUUAAAUAUUUUUAGUGUUCCAUCUGAACUAUAUCUGUAUUUGCUUAUUUAGAAAUCUGUUCUGAUUUUAAGUUAUAUAUUGAUCAUUUGUGUCAGUGGUGUUGCUCAGCAAUAUGUAAGGAUCCCUGCUGGCAACAUGCUGACUUAGAAAACUACUUAUUAGGGGCAGCUAGGUGGCGCAGUGGAUAGAGUACUGGCCCUGGAGUCAGGAGGA